AUUUUAGCUGAUGUUCUGCAAGACGGGUGUCCUAGACCUUCAAUGAAUAAGUCCUAUAGCGCCAGCACUUAAACUCUGACGGUCUUCGGCAGCAGCAGAAAAAGAGAGUGAGGGUUCGUGUCCCACAAGCGCGAAAACACAAUUGGCUCCAACUGACGUAUGUAACACUAUGUUAUAAAUGAUAGGACGCAGCGUUCAAGAAGGCGACGUCUUCAGCGUGCCGGUUCGAUAUAAUACUACUCCCUUUUCGUUCAGGUUCACGCAUCUAUUCACUGCACGAGCUCUCUUUUAGACGACAACGACUUGUCCGGGGGCGGGCGCAAGGCGGGCGCGCUCGCUCAUCGCUGACAAGGCGCGGGCGCGAGCUCCGGCUUGCCGGUGGGCGAUUCUACCGCAGUCACCCGGACGACUCCAUAAGCGCCGACUCAUGCAUGUACACGCCCUUGGGCGUGGGGCUCCCGGUUUGGUGAAGCGUGUAAAUGUAUGUGACUGCUGUGUGGCGGCGGGUGCUGCACUGGAGUACGCGGGCGCGCCUGCCGUCGCCCCUGCCGGGGCCGGCGUCGCCUCAAGAGGCGGCCGACCGGUUUGCGGCGGCGGUGGCCCUUCUUCCCGCUGGCUGGGCUGCCGCCGCGCGUGCGGCCCAGCUGGCUCGGGGGCCUGCCGCCGCGCUGCCGCUCCCGGCGGCCGACGUCGUGAGUGCUACGGCGGAGUCGGUGCAACAGGUGGUGCGGGGGCUUGGAUGGUUGCAGUGCGGGGGGCCGCCCAUCCAGGCCCAUCCUGCUCACUGCCUACACGGUGAAGGCGGGGACCGUGCUACAAAUGGCUCCACAGUUAGCCGCCCUGAAGGCUAAGCAUUUGCAAUAUGUGUGCGACGCGGGUGUGUCGGGGGUGGAGGCUGCCCUGGCGGCGGGGGCCUUCGUGUGCACCUUGGCCCGCUUGUGGUCGCUGAAAUGGGAGAACCAUCACAAGGAAGCACUGUGGCGUGUGGCCGCCAACGCUUGCUGGGCGUUUCCACGGCAUGCUAGCGAGCGUGCGCGCGGCAUUGCUGUUGACCCGUGUUGGGCGUGUGGGGCUGACAUGCAGGACGGGGACCGGCGUCACUGGUUUUGGGACUGCACUGUUGCGCUGUCACUGCGGGAAAGUGUGGGGAUGGCUAUGGGCAGGGGAGGCUCCCCUGGCUAUGUCUGCCCUGGACUUUGGUCGGCAGCGUGUGAUUAUGGCCGGGUUGGCGGCGCGAGCGAAGCUGCCGUCGGCCCGGGUGCUGAGCAUUGGGCUUGCCGUCGUAGCUGACUUCUGGGGUCGUCUCCAGACGUUUGUGACUUUGGGUAUCAGGCCAAAGGGUUGGGACGCUGUGCCGUCUGCGCAUCCUUUCAUAUCUCGGGCUGUUGGUGACGGCAUGGUUUUGCGCUUGCCGUAUGACGCUGAUUCCCCGCCUCCCUCGCCGUGAGAGGUUGUGCGUGUUUGGUGGCUUUGUGUGUGGGCAGGAUGCACGUGUGGGCGACCGUUCUAGUACCUGGACGCUUGCGCCCUGGUUAGUGCGUGCACUGUGCGUGUGUCCUGCGGCCUAGACGUUUCCCGGCACUCCUGUGCCUAGGCUUGUGGCGUUGAGGCACAGCGGUGGGGCUCUGGCGGGUUGAGGCUUGGCUAGGACUCACUGUGCGCGGAGUCACACGGACUUUGCCCGCGGGAGGGUUUGCAGCAAAGUCGGGGUUGGUGGAGUCAAGUCGGGCCCUGAUAGCAUGUGAUGGCUCGGCGUCUUCGGGUGCUGGGACUGUCCCCUCUGUAACAUCCGCAUUCA